AUGAGUACUGUGAGUACUUCGGCAACAACUGAAAUUCCUAUUAAAGAAGUAGUAGAGGGUUCAACUGAGGUAGCAGAAGUUGGCAGAAUAAAAAAGACUAGUAAGAAGACUGCAAAAAGAACUAAUGCAAUUAAAACUCCUAUUAUAAAAACAGAAAAGACUGAAGCAGCUGAAGCAAUCGAAGCAACCGAAGCAAAAGUAGCCACAAAAAAAAGGUCAAAAAAAAGACCAGCUGAAAUUCCUAUUAAAGAUUUUGAGACAGAAUCUUCCGAAGCAACUGUAGUUAAUUCAAAAAAGACCACUAAAAGAAAGACCGGAAAAAAAAAGUCCAAUACUGGAUUUCCUAUGAAAGAACUUGGGAUCGAAACAGCCAUAGUUUCCCCAACUAGUACUUCAGAAACUGAAAUUCUUGUUAAAGAAACUGAGACAGACGCAGCCGAAGCAGUUAAUGAAGCAACCACCAAAAAAGCCAAUAAAAAGACUGCAAAAAAAAAGACUAGCACUUCAGAAAUUAUUGAAGAAGCAGAGAUCGAAACAGCCGAAGCAACCUCAACAAAAAAGAAUAAUAAUAAAAAAAGAAAUGUUAAAAAAAUGACCACUGCUGGAGAAAUUGAAAUUCCCACUAAAGAAACUGAAACAAAUUUAAUCGAAGUAGCUAAAGCAACCGAAAUAGCCCCCAAAAAGAUCAAUAAAAAGACUACAAAAAAAAGUACUAUUAAAGAAGCCGAGACAACAGAAACAGAAACAGCCCCAAAAAAGACUAAUAUAAAAAAUAAUAUAAAAAAUAAUAUUGAAAAAAGGACAAUUACAGAAACUGAGGCAAAAGCACCCGUAGUUACCUCAUCAACUGAAAUUACUAUUAAAGAUAUUAAAGCCGAAGAAGCCCCUUCAAAAACUAAUAAAAAAAAGAAUGUUAAAAAAAGAAAAGCUACUACUGAAACCAAAAUUUCCACUAAAGGAACUGAUACAGAAACAGCCGUAAAUGACAUAGUAAAUGAGACAGGAACAGCUCAUGAUGCUUCAACAGCCGAAAUUCUUAAUAAAGAAACUGAGACAGAAUUAACUGAAGCCGAAACGGCUGAAGUAAUUUCAAAAAAAAAGACUGCAAAAAAAAAGAAGACACUAAGUAAAGGUGUUAAAGAUAAAGAAGCCAAGGUUGUCAAAAAUAAAGAAACCAAGGUUGUUAAAAAUAAAGAAACCAAAGGUUCUAAAAUUAAAGAAUUUCAGGAUAUUAAUAAAAAAUCUAUUAUAAAAAAAUCACCACUAACAAAGAGAAAAUUGAGAUUAUCCGAGAGGGAUGAUUAUUAUACGAGACAAGUUACAAGAACAUUACUUAAAGAACUUUGGACACACAAAAAGCUUGCAAAAGAAUUAUCUAUAGAACCACCAGUUCCUACAGGUCGUUGGGAAGAUAUUGAAACAUUUAAACCAAAAGUAAUAAAAUUGAAUAAAGAAGAAUAUGAUAAACUAGUUUCACAAUUGGAUCAUGGAUUCUUAGCGAAACAAAUUCAUGAAUAUUUGAGAAAUAAUCGACAUCAACUUCCAAAGAAUAAACAGAAUAAACAAGAAGAUUCGAAAAGUAAAGAGAAACCUAUAUCUUUAACUCGUAAUAAAGAAGCAUUAAUAGAUCUUAUAAUUCAGGAAAUAUGGAAAUAUCCUAAACCAAUAGAAAUAAAAAAUCAACCUAUACAAGAAAUUAUUCAAUCGAAGCCAUUAGAUAUUUUCUUUAUUGUUGGUCCAGAUGGAGAAUCAUUGAAAUGGAUAGAAACUGAAGCCAAUGUAAAGAUCUUUAUAGAUCUUAAUACAUUUUCAUUUACUCUUUCAGGGUUUAGACCGAAUAUUGAUAUGGCUAAAGAAAUAAUAAAGAAAUUGACGACAUAUAUGUCAGCGAUUGUAGAUCUUCCAUCACAUGUUAAAGAUGAUAAUAAAAAUUUACAAGAAAUGAUGCCGUAUGUACAGGAUAUUUGUAGAACAUCAGGAUCAUUUAUUGAACUUUAUAAUAACCAUCAGAUUAUUAUCUCAGCUCAAGCUCAAGAUAAUAUUAAUGAAGCACAAAGAUUGUUAAAUAGUGCUUGGAUGCAACCCGAUCAAAACGAAAAUCACAUAAUUUUAUAUAGCAACAAUUAUGAAGGAUCCAAAUAUUGUUUUAUGCCAAUUCAUGAUGUUGUGACAUUAUCAAUGUUUCAUAGGAACAUGCAUUGGCAUCGUCUUGUGGGAACUUCACAAUUGGGUGAUAGUCCUACCGUACAUGGAAAACUAUGUAGAUUGCAUGAGAGUGAAAGUGUGUUAAAGGAUUCAAUGUUAUGGUCUCAAUACAAUUCAAAAAUGGAAUCAAAUGAAAUGAAUUUUUAUGAACUUGGAAAUUUCUUAGCAAAUUAUUUGAAUACAGAAGAAAAUUCUAAUACUCAAUUAGAAAUUCAUUCAAUGCAAUCACAAUCAAUACAGAAUAUAUUUUUGCCACCAUUAGAAGGAACAUAUACACGUCAAAUGGUAGAACAGUGGGUUAAAAAAGUAAAUCCAACAAAAUUAUUUCUUCCAAGACAUCAAACAAUUGUUCAACUAGAUUAUAUACCAUCAUCUCAAAUAGAUGAUCCCACUAAUCGUUUGAGUUUUCAGUUUGAUGUGACCGAUAAAAAUUUACAAUUGAAAGAUUUUUUAAUAUUCAAACGACGUCUUUUAAUUGAUGUGAUGAUGAUGGAUUGGUAA